AGAAUUCGAUUCAUGUGUCAUGCGAUGAUUUAGCACGAACUGGAGCAACGUGAGCCAACUCAGACUUUGAGUCUUCCGCGAUUCUCCACCACCAUCACCAGUAACAGUACAUCAUCCACUGCAAUCGAAUCACACAAUGGCGGACGCAGCACCAGCCGGUGGUCGAGGUGGAUUUCGUGGAGGAUUUGGUGACCGUGGUGGACGCGGACGUGGUCGAGGUCGUGGACGAGGUCGUGGUCGUGGUCAAGGAGGAAAGGAUGGGGAAAAAGAAUGGGUUCCCGUAACCAAGUUGGGUCGCUUGGUUCGAGAUGGAAAGAUUCGAUCUUUGGAGGAAAUCUAUCUUUUCUCCCUCCCCAUUAAGGAGUUUGAAAUCAUCGACCAUUUCCUAGGGACUGCUUUGAAGGACGAGGUUCUUAAGAUCAUGCCUGUCCAAAAACAGACUCGUGCCGGUCAACGUACUCGCUUUAAGGCAUUCGUUGCCAUUGGCGAUUUCAAUGGGCAUAUUGGACUUGGUGUAAAGUGUUCCAAGGAAGUAGCAACCGCUAUCCGUGGUGCCAUCAUUUUGGCUAAGCUCUCCGUUGUCCCAGUUCGUCGCGGUUAUUGGGGAAAUAAGAUUGGAAAGCCUCAUACGGUCCCUUGCAAGGUGACUGGAAAGUGUGGUUCAGUCCUUGUGAGACUCAUCCCAGCACCCAGAGGAACUGGCAUUGUUUCUGCCCCUGUUCCCAAGAAGCUCCUCAAGAUGGCUGGUAUCGAGGAUUGCUACACGUGUGCCACUGGCAGCACUGGGACUCUUGGCAACUUUGCUAAAGCAACAUACCGAGCUAUUGCCAAGACCUACGCCUACUUGACGCCAGACUUGUGGAAGGAGACUACACUCACCAAGUCACCAAUCCAAGAACAUACCGACUGGUUGGCUAAGAACCAUCGCCCUGUUGUCGGUGCACGAGCUGCGGUUUAAAUUCCAAACAUUUUGUCAAUGGUCUAAAUGCCAAAUACAGAAUAAAAAUUGAUUAUAAAAUAUA